AAUGCCGCGAUUUUUGUAACUGGGAUGAAGCAGAUUUUCUUUUUGAAUCCUAUUUUUUAACUAGCAAGAGGAAAACACUUUGAAUAUCUCAGUACUCUUUCUUUUUCUGAGGUCAACUGACUAAUUUUCAAACUUCAAGCAUCCCAUAAGUUACAAAACGCACGUCUCAUUAACAAAUGAUGCUUUCGCUGAUUUUUCAAUGCUUUCAGGAUCACUAUGAUUUAAAAACUAAGGAGCGUAUGCAGAACUAAUGGGUUCGCUCCGAAUCAGACGUUUACCUCUUGCUCAGAACAUUAUUGAAGCAUUAGAAAAGCAAAAUUUCAAGUAUUGUAAGGAUGUAUUAUCUUUAACAAGACUGGAAUUGCAAAUACUGCUUGGAAUAAAUUAUAAUGAUGCAAUAAACAUCCAAAGAAUAGUCAGUAGAAAAUGUGUAUCAGAACCAGAUAAUGUGUUCAAUUUAUAUUCCUCACAAAAAAAGACAAAUAGUGGAUUUUUCUCUUCAUCUUUGCAUGCUUUAGAUAAUUUGUUGCUUGGUGGUAUACCUAUUGGUAAUGUAACAGAGCUUUCUGGACCGCCCGGAGUUGGAAAAACUCAGUUUUGUUUUAUGUUUUGUAUAUUAGCUGCAAUGCCUACUACACAUGAUGGACUAAAUGGAAAUAUCAUUUACAUUGAUACAGAAGCUGCAUUUUGCUCUAAGAGAAUUUGCCAGAUAGCACUUAACCGUUUUCCCCAUCUUUACAACGAUGAAGGUAGCGUUAUUGCUUUGUUGGAAAAAAUAAAAGUAUAUAGAGCAAUGUCAAGUGAUGUACUGACAGAAAUCAUCCCACAUGUGGAAAAAGAAGUGAUUCAAAACAAAGUUAAAUUAAUCAUUGUGGAUUCAAUUGCUUCAUUAUUAAGGAAAGAAUAUGGAUCUGCAGGAAGUGAAAGCUUCCAAGAGAGGAAUCAAAUACUAGUGAAACAAGCUGCCAUUCUAAAAGAUAUCGCACAAACAUAUGGAAUAGUGGUAUUUCUGACUAAUCAAAUUACAACUCAUUCUUCUGAAUGGGAUCGCUUCACUCGUGAUGAUGAUUUAGUUGAUGCAUACUCUGGAACAAACUUAAAUGGAGCUGGAAAAGGUUCUCUCGCACCUGCCAGCCUUUCGAAGAAAGUGAAGGUUUGUCAAGGGGCCGAUUACGAUCACGUGAUUCCCGCCCUUGGCACGACGUGGGCCCAUUGCGUAAACACUCGCCUCGUAGCUCAGUUCCUGGAUGCAGAUAAACGCCAGCUGACUGUAUCGAAGUCUCCGGUGGCACCUAAUGCUUCUGUGUGCUACAUGCUUAAUGAAUCUGGAGUUGUUCUAACGGAUGAUGAUAUAGAAUUUGUUAAUGCAGCAGAUAAAGCGCAACAAAAUAUAUGUACCAGGAAUAAUUUUUUGACGUCUGAAAUCACUGGUAUAUAAUGUCUAGUCAAGCUUCUUUUUUUUUU